CAGUUCUGCCCAGUUGUCCACACACUGCAGUGCUAAUUUAAUCAACAGGCUGUCACUGUCUCACUGAAUUGUUUCAUUGAAUGGCGUUUUAGUAUCAUACUGCACUACAAUGCCAGCAUAUUGCAUUGCUUAUGGAUGCUUCAAUAAAGGAGGAAACGUUGAAGGAAUAACAUUUCACAGCUUUCCAAAGAACGAAGAUCUCCGACGAAAAUGGAUCAUAGCAACAAAGAGAAAGGACUGGGAGCCUACAAAAUAUAGCAAGAUCUGUUCAGCACAUUUUCGGGAAGAUGAUAUUGACAGGACUUCUCUUAACAGUGUCCGGAUUCGAGAAGGAGCAGUUCCUGCCAUCUUUCCAGCUUUUCCUGAAGAAUCCCAGGUAAAAGAUCGACAAAAUUUGAAAAGGAGAACAGAAGAACCUCAACAAUCAGCGUAAAU